GAACAUCUCCUAAAUUUCAUGGAGAUUCCCUGCUAUGCAGGACUCUAAGAAAACGUGUGUUAAAAAAUUCCGAAAUGGAGAGUAAAUAUUAGUAGACAAGUUUCUAUAUGAUAUAUUUAUGGAUCGCGCAAAACCUGCUAAACAUAAUUAGCAGACAAGUUUCUUCCCUGGAAACUCUGCUAAAUAAAGCUUCUUAAAAGAUUACCAUGCUGAAGACAAGGAUUCACCCGUCUGGGUUGGGUUCAAGUCAGAUUGUAGCAUCCUUCAGAAAUUCAAAACCAUCUGGUUAUUGCAGAUUUCAUGUGGGUUCUCUUUCAAAUCAUCUGUCAUCAACUCCUUUGCACAGCAGGAAACAGCAGUGUAGGCCAUUGCUUAAUAAAAAUGGCAUGUUACACAAUGCACCAAAGCACAUGUCAACCAAAGUUAUAUCAAAUGCCAUGGCUUUGGAGAUUGGCAUGGAGGAAGAAGAUUCUAAAAAAGAUUUUGGAGUUUCAGGGGAGUUCUUGACUGCAGUGGGAUUGAUAAUGGGCACUGCAGUUGGGCCAGGAAUAUUGGGUUUGCCUGCAGCAACACUGAAUGCUGGUACCCUGCCAUCAACUAUGACCAUUUUGGGGUCAUGGGUGUAUGUCAUUUCAUCCAUCUUGCUUGUGGCAGAGCUUUCUUGUGCUGUUAUGGAAGACAAAGGAGUAGAUGAAGUGAGUUUUACUGGCUUAGCAAUGCAUACAUUAGGAGACAAUGUGGGAAUUCUUGUUGCAGUGGUUUAUGCAAUUUUGAACUAUGCUCUUUUGGUUGCUUGCAUUGCAGGCCUGGGUUCUAUUGUUCAGACAUGGAUGCCCUUUCUGUCCACUUUUGUGGCUUGCGCUGUUUUACCUGUUAUAGUUGGGGGGGUUAUAGGAUUAGCAUCCUUUAAGGUAAUUGAUGGUGUGAAUAGGGUUUUGUGUGCUCUUAUGGUGACAUCUAUUUCUGCACUUGUAGGAGUGGGGGUAUUUGUAAAGAGACAUUGUAUAUUUGAUUCUUUGAACCAUGCAGUAUGGGCAUCAGAUGUUCUUUUGCCUGCUGUCCCUGUAACUGUGCUCACACUGGGAUUUCAUGUCAUAACGCCUUUUAUAUGCAAGGUUGUAGGGAGAAAACCUCAGGAUGCCCGUAAGGCUAUCACCUGUGGUGGGGCUGUGCCUCUUGCAAUGGUCUUAGCAUGGAAUGCAGUUAUUUUAGGCCUUGCUCAUUCAAGCACCCAUUCUAGGACAUUGGAUCCAAUAAAACUUUUGCUGUCUCUGAAUUCCUCUGCUGUACCUGCAGUGCAAUUAUUUGCCUUCUCAGCCCUUGGAACAACACUGAUUGGUUAUGCCCUCAGUUUUCCUAAGCAGUUGUAUGAUACCAUAUGCUUGAUUAGAACAGUUGCCCGAAAGCAUUUUAAAACAUAUUUGGGAAACUUUCCCAACAAAAUGGAAGCUGAAAAAAUAGCGAGAAGUUGCAAUGGAGCAGAAAAAGUUGCACAAAGAACCAGUACAGCCAAUGGAAGUGUCAGAGAGGCUAGCUUGGAUGACCUGCUGGAAGUUCUGGAACCUGGUAGAAUGGGUUUCCCUAGACAACAAGAAAUAGCUUUGAGAGAUUCUUCUAGUAGUGGGUAUGGAAUGAAAAUGUCUGCUUACAACGAGGUGAUCGGCACCCAACAUGAUGGAAAUAUAUUGAACAGACUUAUCUAUGGAGAGGACAAGAAGUUUUCUAGACACUCCUUUGGUAAGAGCCUGAGAAAAAGGUUAACGUACCUUGGCAUAAACGGUGGUAGCAUUGGAAGUAAAAAUGAGACCUUGUCCACUGAAACAGAACAGUUGUCAAGUUUCAAUCUUUCAAAAUCAGGAGAAGCCUUGAUGUUAUGCCUUGUUCUAGGCCCUCCCAUUCUUAUUUCAACCUUUUUUCCCAAAGCUUUUGCAGCAGCACUUGAUUUUGCAGGGGUCUAUGCCAACUGUUUCUUAUUUGGCAUCUUACCUCCAUUGAUGGCAUGGAUCUAUCGCUACAAUAACGUGAGAAGGGGCAAAGGUAUGGGCAAGAGAAGAGUUGUUUUAGUUCCUGGAGGAAAAGGACCACUAGCAGUGCUCUUUGCUAUUGCAUUUUUCCUUGGAUUCAGAUUGCCAAGUUAGAUCAACCUGUUAACAGUAACAUUGUGAUUGAAUUAAAAAAUCAUUAUAGAAAUAUUUAUAAUUACAAUUUUUCAAAAUUGGAUUGAUCAACUGUGGCCAUGGGAUAUCAUUACUGGUGAGGCAUUAUAAUCCUAUGUACCAUCUGUUAUAAUGGAAAAUUGUAUUCUGCCUUGUGUAAUUUCAUUUCUAAUUUUAUCAUUCUCCUCUUCAGGAA